AUGCCCAACAGCAGCUCCAUGGCCCAGUUCCUCCUGCUGGCAUUGGUAGACUGGCGGGAGCUGCAACUCCUGCACUUCUGACUCUUCCUGGGCGUCUCCCUGGUUACCCUCCUGGACAACAGCUUCAUCCUCAGAGCCGUAACCUGUGACCACCACCUGCACGCCCCCAGGGACUUCUUCCUGCUCUACCUCUCCCUCACAGACCUGGGCUGCACCUGCACCACUGUCCCCAAAGCCAUGAACAACUCCCUCUGGGACACCAGGGACAUCUCCUACACAGGAUGUACUGCACAGACCUUUUUCUUUGUAUUUUUCAUCUCAGCAGUGUAUUUCCUCCUCAUCAUCAAGUGCUACGACCGCUACAUUGCCAUCUGCAAACCCCUGCACUAUGGGACCCUCCUGGGCAACAGGGUUUGUGCCCACAUGGCAGCAGCUGCCUGGGCCACUGCGUUUCUCAAUGCUCUGAUGCACACAGCCAAUACAUUUUCCCUGCCCCUGUGCCAGGGCAAUGCCCUGGACCAGUUCUUCUGUGAAAUCCCCCACAUCCUCCAGCUCUCCUGCUCACACUCGGGCUACCUCAGGGAUCUUGGGCUUCUUGGGGUUAGUGCCUGUUUAGUGUUUGCUUGGUUUUUUUUCUUUGUUUUCUCCUAUGUGCAGAUCUUCACGACUGUGCUGAGGAUCCCCUCUGAGCAGGGACAGCACAAAGUGUUUUCCACGUGCCUCCCUCACCUGACUGUGGUCUCCCUGUUUAUCAGCACUGCAGUAUUUGCCUUCCUGAAGCCCCCCUCCAUCUUCUCCCCUUCCCUGGAUUUGGCACUAUCAGUUCUGUACUCAAUGGUGCCUCCAGCUGUCAUCAUCCACCUGACUGCCCCACCUCCCUGA